AUUGCGUGAUUGUGUGAUUGUAUGAAAAGUAAGUACAAUGUACAUGCGAAUUGCGGUGCGGAGUUUUCUUGAGCAACAAUAUCUUGUUCUGUGACAAUAUCAAUCCGACCAACACAUUUCAUUGUCGUACAAUCAUCGUCCUGCCCAUCCUGCCAGAAUUGGACCAGAAACUCUCCUGAGGACCUGGGGUCUGUUUUGUCACUCUAGUUGUGUCCACUCUGCUUUGUCCUAGAAUACCUGCGAUCAUGGUCGAACCAGCGACCAAACUGAACUUAGAUCCAAAGCAGCAACAGCGGUUCAUCGCAUUUUUUAAAAGUUUGCCACAGAAACCUGCUACUACCAUCAGAUUUUUUAAUCGAACUGAUUUUUACACUCUUCAUGGAUCAGAUGCUGUUUUUGCUGCCAAGGAGGUCUACAAAACAACAUCUUUUCUGAAGAUGAUCGGUUCAGAAAAUGACAAACUGGAAUCAAUCAUUUUGAAUAAGAACAACUUCGAGUCUUUUUUGAGGGAUCUGCUCUUGGUGAAAUCCUACCGGGUUGAAGUCUACUGCAAUAAACCUACAGCCAAAGGAUCAGCCAGUUGGGUUCUAGAAUUCAAGGGUUCGCCAGGGAAUUUGUCGCAGUUUGAAGACCUCUUAUUUGACAGUGUGGAUCAAGUUGAAUGGAACUGCGUGGCAGCUAUCAAAAUUGGAACUAAAAAUAAAGACAAGGUCGUUGGCGUGGCAAUGGUAGACGCUGUUGACCACAAGUUUAAUGUCUGUGAAUUUGUCGAUGAUGAGUAUUUCACAAAUCUGGGAGCUUUUAUUACUCAGCAUGGUCCGAAAGAAUGCUUAGUGCCAGAUGGAUGCUGUGAGAAUGCCAAAAAGGUAGUUUCACGAGGAGGAAUUUUAGUCAGCAGCCGGAAAAAUGCCGAAUUCUCUGAUGAUGGCCUGGUACAAGAGUUAAAUAAACUUCUCCUGUUUCAAGACGGUCAGUUAGAAAAAGCUGCUGCCUUGCCAGAGAUGAACCUCAAAAUAGCCGCUGGUGCUUUACACGCAAUCAUCAAGUAUUUAGAGCUGUUGUCCAACCAAGAAAAUUAUGCGCAGUACUCGAUAUCAACCUUCGAACUUUCCAAAUUUGUACAUUUAGACGCAUCAGCAGUUCAAGCUCUCAAUAUUACUCCUCAAUCUCAAUCUACGAUUUUUAACAAACAUCAUUCCAUUAUAGGGCUAUUAGACAAAUGCAGAACUUCUCAUGGGCACAGGCUCCUGGCCCAGUGGAUUAAACAACCAUUGUGUGACAUCAAUGCGAUUCAAGAAAGACAUGAUAUUGUUGAAGCUCUUGCAACGGAUAUUACCUUAAGAGCAAGUUUACACGAUGAUCAUUUACGUCGUAUUCCUGACCUGCAAGCUCUCUCAAAGAAAGUACAUCGCAAAAAAGCUAAUUUGCAAGAUUGUUACCGGAUAAUCCUCAGCCGACGCUUUCAUCUUGUUUUAUCACUCCUCUCAAGGAACAGAUCACAGAGCUGGACAAAUAUCAAGAAAUGGUUCAAUCCACGAUUGACUUGGAUUCAGUCGAUAAAGGAGAAUAUUUAAUAAAGUCUGAAUUUGAUCAAGAUUUACAAGACUACAGAGAAAAAAUGGAGAAACUUGAAGAACAAAUGAAAAAACACUUAACAUCUGUUGCAUCUGAUUUGGAUUAUCAAGCGCACAAACAAAUCAAAUUAGAAUCAAAUUCCAUGCAUGGAUUUUUCUUUAGAGUUACACUCAAAGAUGCCAAGGCAAUCACUCGGAACAAGUCUUAUGAAGUGUUGGAUACAAAUAAAGGAGGUGCACGAUUUAGGACAAAAAAAUUGGAUUCUUUAAAUGAAGAAUAUUUACAAAUAAGAGAAAACUAUACAAAACAUCAAGAAUCGAUAGUAAAUGAAGUGGUGUCCAUUGCAGCGGGAUACACCAACACAUUACAAUUUCUAAGUUUUACUUUGGCCCAACUAGACGUUCUCUGCAGUUUUGCUAUGGUUGCCGAAUCAGCACCUAAACCUUUCGUUCGUCCGAAAAUGCAUCCAAAAGGAACUGGAAUUUUAUCUCUUAAACAAUGCAGACAUCCAUGUUUAGAAUUAGAGGAUGGGAUUUCCUAUGUUCCCAAUGAUGUUCAUUUUGAACAAGGAAAGUCAACCUUCAUUAUCAUCACGGGUCCAAACAUGGGUGGUAAGAGUACAUACAUCAGGAGCAUUGGAGUUACUGCUCUCUUGGCCCACAUAGGUUGUUUUGUACCGUGUGAUUCCGCUGAAAUCAGUAUUCUUGACGCAAUCUUAGCCAGGAUGGGAGCUCAUGACUCUCAGCUGAAAGGCAUGUCAACGUUCAUGGUCGAAAUGGUCGAGACUUCCUCUAUCAUACGGAAAGCCACUGCCGAUUCUCUUGUGAUAAUUGAUGAACUAGGCCGCGGGACUUCAACCUAUGAGGGCUGCGGAAUAGCAUGGGCCAUUGUCGAGCAUCUAGCAAAAGAAAUCAAAUGUCCAUCAUUAUUUGCAACUCAUUUCCACGAACUGACCCGUUUGGCAGAUGAAAUAGAGACAAUUCACAAUUUCCAUGUCACAGCUCUCACUUUGGAAGACAAACUGUUAUUAUUGUAUCAAGUCAAACCAGGCGUCUGUAAUCGAAGUUUUGGGAUUCACAUAGCGAAAAUGGCCAAAUUUCCAGAUCGUGUCGUAGAGGAAUCUGAGCAAGAAUUACAGGAAUUGGAGGAUUUUCAAGCUGCAGCUGCUUCUUUGCCUGAAAAUGACCGAAAAAGACACAUACAGGAAGGAGAACAACUAAUGGAAGAUUUUUACAGUAAGGUGAUGAGGCUGAAAACGUCUGAAUCAUCAGAAGAGGAUAUUGAGAAAAAGUUUGAAGAACUGAAACAGGAUCUGUUGUCGAAGAAAAACCCCUACAUUGAAGCAUUAAUCAAAUAAAAACUUUUCUCUGUUAUUUGCAUCCAAGUACAAAUUGUUUACAUGUCUAAUUUUUAUCUUUUAAAUAAUUAUUCAAUAUUAAUGGUUUUGGAGGAUCAAUUUUAAAAUAUUAAUAAUUUGAUAUGUGUACCUCCAUUUGAUUCAUAUUUGCAGUCACAUUUCUCAUCUUAAUGAUCUCAGGCCUCAGAAAACUACUAAAUUUUUUCAUUUUGUUAGGAAUAACCUUGUUCCCCUUAUCUAUUUGUUUCUGUAGCAUUUCCAACCAGUAUUAUUUUUCAAAACUUUACCAUUUCUCUCCUUCUGAAUUGUGAUAGCAUGAGUUUCAUCUCUUGCAAUUUUUUUUUUCAAAAUAUCUCUUGCUAGUAACCUAGCCACCAAUGCAGGAUGUUAGAUUAGUUGUAUUUUAAGACCUUGUAAGUUCUGUUUGAACAUUCCAUUAGUCAGGGAAUGGUAUCCUUGUUCUAAAUUCUUUUACUAAGUAGAAGUACAAACCAAGGAAUAAGACAUGCAUCUAUUUAUCUUGCCUACCGCUUAUUCAUAGUUAUUUCAGUGAAAUUUUUUUAAUUUGUUACCAGUUAUGUCUUUACAAUGGAUAAAAAUCCUAUCUGCGUCUUAUCUGUUACCUCUGUUACGUUCAUAACCUAUUAGCAACCAGAUAAACCAUGUCUCUUAAUUUAAUGAUGACGCAGGCGUUUUCAAAUGUCAAUAAAGUGUUUUAAUACUCUUCUGUA